UGAGCAUCGAGGGUGAAUAAACCACCGGUUUUGGUUCCUCAAUAUUAUUUUAAAAUCAAAACAAACGCGAUCUAUUGAGUUAUCCCUGAAUCGUAUAAGUUUUAACGUGACUCGUACUAUCAUUAUCGCAAUCCACCAACGAUAUACGGUAAAAUCGAUAAAAAUUGUCAGGUGUGAAUGAAACCGAGCUUUCGAUUUCAGUAAAUCAUCAUUGAAUAUCGCGUGUAUCGAGAUACUGAUCGUUUGCAAGAGUAGAUAACUGUGUGAUGACCUUAGUGGGAACAAACGACGAGAAUUCAUUACCAAUGAUGUUGGGCGUACAGCAGCAUCACCACCACAGUGGUUUACAUACAAACAACAUCAACAACAAUGGUAGCAUCAAUGUACAGAGGGGCAAUGUGAUUGUCUCGACUGGUGGUGUUACGAGUAAUGAUCUUAAAAUGCAGAACUGCAAGAGGAGCAAAAUGUACCAGACAACGCCGUAUGGAACAGUGCCACAUCAGCCAGCUUCAGUAGCAAGGAGAAAUGCCCGUGAGAGGAACAGAGUUAAACAAGUUAACAAUGGAUUUGCCACUCUUCGUCAGCAUAUUCCCCAGAGUGUGGCACAAGCACUUGGUGGUAAUACAGCUGGUACACACGGUGGAUCAAGAGCUGGUUCUAAAAAAUUGUCAAAGGUUGAGACCCUGAAGAUGGCUGUUGAGUACAUCAGGAGUCUUCAGCGCUUGUUGGACGACGAGAGCUCAGAGACAAGCAGUGCACCAUCGACAUCACCAUCACCCCUGUCAUCCACCUGUGGAUCAACAUCGAGAAUUGAUAUGCACACCAGCGAAUUACACUCACCACAUGUUACGGAUAUACAUCGACAGCAUCUUAGGCAGAAUCCAAGCCCGUCGUCCUUCGUACCACCGCCUUGCUCCGAGGCAUCCAGUUCACCGACCCCGAGCUUCAUCUCCGAAACAUCCUCCGGUGGCAGUCAGGGAUAUGGCAGUGCAUCGACAGCAUUAUACACACCACAUCCUGAUAGCUACGACAAUUACGAUCCAAUGAGUCCCGAGGAUGAAGAGUUACUUGAUGUCAUCACCUGGUGGCAGCAGAGCCAAUGAGCACUGAAUAACUACGUUCCACCGAUAAUCCCUGCUGAUUCUUCAGAAUUAUUCAUUGGACUGAGGGAAAAAAUUCAGGUGGACGUUAAACAAAAUUCACUCGGGCUGUUCCAUCAACUGUGAUCUAGUCAUGUACACUCUGUACAAACCUCUAUGUGCUUAACAAGAAGGAAAAAAAAUGAAGAAUGGAGAGAAUGUGAGGAGCUGGGAUGCCCCGCUGAGGAGAUACCUUCCAACAUUAACCAACUUUUUCGUUACUCGUUGAAACACUGAGUUUACGAGUUGUCGACUAUUUUUCCGCACAAGAAUAUUUUUUAAUGAAUUUUUAAAGAGACUAUGUACAUACAUUUUUUUCGAUUAUAAAUAUUGUAUAUUACGUUAAUGUUAAGAUAUUUUACGAAAUUUAAGAUGUACGAUAGAGCAGAGAGAUAGAGCGAAUGAACGAGUAGAAUUAUAUCCAUUCAUGACUUUGCCUUAGGCAAUAAAAAAUAUGUAAAUUAUCAACUCGAAAUUCCAAUUCGCUCAAUUAUUUAUGGAUGAAUCGGUUAUCUUAGUGAAUCUGUUUGUCAAUUCAUCAUAGAAAAUUUUUCGUCAUCAAUUCGACUGAAAUGCCAGUGCCUUAUACUUGAUUCUGUAAUUUUAUCGG